CAACUUUCUUUCAAUGGCAUUGGCAUCUGAGAUCUCAAUCGCCGGAAUCCUGGCUAGUAGCGCUAUCGCUGCUUGUUUUGCGGAGUUGUGUACUUUACCUCUAGACACCGCUAAAGUUAGACUACAGUUACAAAAGAGAGCAGGGGAAGGUUCCGGCAAGUACAGGGGAUUAUUAGGUACAGUUGCUACAAUUGCUAAGGAGGAAGGUUUAUUAGCUCUUUGGAAAGGCAUUGUACCUGGCUUACAUCGACAAUGUAUAUAUGGAGGCCUAAGGAUUGGGUUAUAUGAGCCUGUCAAGGCCUUCUUUGCACAUACCUAUUAUGUUGGAGAUGGUUCCUUAUUCACUAAAGUGUUUGCUGCUCUUGUUACUGGUGCAAUCGCAAUUGCUCUGGCUAAUCCAACUGAUCUUGUAAAAGUUCGGCUCCAGGCUGAAGGUAAAGCUGGUACACCUAGGCGCUAUGAUGGUGCUUUCAAUGCAUACUAUACCAUAGUGAAACAGGAAGGGCUGGCAGCUUUGUGGACAGGAAUUGUGCCAAAUAUUGCACGGAAUGCUAUUAUCAAUGCUGCUGAACUGGCCAGUUAUGAUCAUCUCAAAGAGAUAAUUUUAAAACUUCCAGGAUUUACAGACACUGUUUUAACUCAUCUCAUAGCUGGUUUAGGUGCUGGAUUCUUUGCAGUUUCUAUCGGUUCUCCAGUUGAUGUGGUCAAAUCAAGAAUGAUGGGAGAUUCAGUAUACAAGAACACCUUUGAUUGUUUUUUCCGAACAUUGAAGUACGAGGGACCACUUGCUUUUUAUAAGGGUUUCCUCCCCAAUUUUUUUCGACUAGGAUCGUGGAACGUUAUCAUGUUUUUGACGCUUGAGCAAGUCAAGAGAUGGUUGGGAUGAUAAAUAAAUUUAAUUGGCCAUUGAGUGUCUGCCAGCAGAAAGGGAUUGAAUUUGUGCAUCUGCAAUUGCUUUCUGAAGAGGUAACAAGUGUGAUGUGGUUGUUUCGAUCCAGAUAUCACACAAGUUACACGGGAGUUAUACUUAUUCAGAGGGUCUUUAUUGUGACCAAGGGUUGCCUUUGUCUUUUCUCCAGUUACUAGUGGAAAAAAUGGCAUGCUAUAUAAAUUUAUACAUGAAAUUUAUACUAAACUGCCCUAUUAUACCUUCUUCUUCUCCUUUUUGGGGGGGCAAAAGACAACUUUUUGAGCUAGUCAAUAGCCUGAUUUCCUUAUUUGUAUGUAUAUACAAGGAAAUGUUUUCUUGAAUUGAAAUAAUAAUUCUGAUUUUGAAGAAUCUCCACCAAUAACAUUGAUUUCAACACAUGCAAAUCCACUUUUGUAUUCAAGUCGAAGAAAUGUUUGAUUCUUAUUUAAUGUGAAACAUCAACUUGAUUGAGGCA